AUGUCAAAUAGUGACAUCAGCACAACGAUGUGUUGGUGGCUAUAUUUUAUGAUUAUGUCAUUUGAUUUAAUUCGAACACAAAGUCCUAUUGGUGGUGGAUUUUUAGCUGAUCCUUUUCUUGAACUUACAGCAGGCGUAACAACACCUGCUAUACCAAAAUCAAAUAAAUCUGAGCCAUCAUGUUUAUCAAAUGGAGCUUUAGCUGGCUCAAUAAUUGGUACAUUAAUAAUGUCUAUGUUUAUUGGUUUUCUUACAUGGUUAAUUUAUUUACGACCAAAACUUAAAGAAUUAAAUUUUAUACGUUUACAAGAUAAGCAAAAAGUAGCAAAUAAACAACAUCAUCAUCAUCAUCAUGCUAUGCCUUUGUCUUCAAAUUCUAAUUAUAAACAACAAAAUUUAUUUCCAUUAUUAGAUCAUAAUGAUACUCAAUUACCAUUGGACGUUACUGAUCAUAAAUUUGGUACAUUUCCAUUUCGUCAAUCGCAAACUUCCAGUGUAAAUGGUCAUUAUAAUCGAAUUGAUUGGUUAAAUCGUAUUUCAUCUUCAUUUCGUUCAGUCAAUAUAGAUAGAGAUUUCGAAAUGAUUGAUAUUGCAUUAUUAGAUCCAACAUUUAGUGGUCUUAAUUUUAGUAUAACUGGAAAUAUGCGUGCAGGAAUAUUUGUUAAAGAAAUCGUUGAUAAAGGAAUAUUACAAGAAUCAAUAAAACCAAAUUCAUCUGAGCAAUUAAGAACAGGCGAUCGUAUCAUGGCAUUAACUGUAUGUUUUGAAUCAAUUGUUUAUGAAGAUGCAUUAACUAUACUUAGUUAUGCAUCACCAUAUCCAGUUAUACUUCGUGUACAACGUCCAUCAAAUCAUACGAAAAUCAGUGAAACAAUAGAAAAACGACCGACAACAGCAAAUACAACAAGCAAAGUCAAAUGGCGAGAUGAUUUCGAACAUUAUGAUAAUGACACAUCACUGAAUCGUUCUUUUGUUCAACCGAAUCCAUCCAUACCCACUAAUUGUUUGCCAUCGAUUCCAAUAAAUUCAAAAGCUCCUCCAUCUCCAAAAAGAUCUUCAUCAUCAAGAAAACCUCGUCCACAUGCUAAUACACAAUCUCGUGUCAAUAACAAAUCAUCAUCUUCAACAAAUAAAGGUAAUAAAAUAAAAACAUCAUCAAAUAGUGUUCUGGCAAUGUCCGGAGCAACAACAAAACGUUGUAAUAAUGAUAUAAAAAAACAUCGAUCAAAAACAAAUAAUAAUAGUAAUAAUAAUAAUAAUAAUCAGCGUACAAUACCUAAUCAAAUGAUAACAACAUCAACUGGUUUAACAGCAAAAUCAUCCACUAACAUAACACCACCACCAAUACCAACAAACAUAAAAACAAUAAAAUCAGUAACUGAAUCGGUUAUGUCUUAUCUUCAUUAUAAAGGUGGUGCUGAUGAAGAAGUAGAACAUCCUAAAGGUAGUCUAAUUAUGGGAAUAUAUUUAUAA